GCGACCAUCGGUGCGGACUUUCUCACCAAAGAGGUGGUCGUCGACGACAGACUCGUCACAAUGCAGAUAUGGGACACCGCAGGCCAGGAGCGGUUCCAGUCGCUGGGCGUCGCCUUCUAUAGGGGCGCCGACUGUUGCGUAUUGGUCUUUGACGUGACGGCGCCCAACACUUUCAAGUCGUUGGACUCCUGGAGAGAC